UUCAUCCACGAGUUUUUUUUUUGCACUUACCGGCUUGGCGGCUUUUCUUCUAUACCAAGUAUCCGAAGAGUUUCAUAUAUUUGAUUUUUCAUCGUGUAAAAUAAAGUUUUAAAUCCUUAAAUUUUAACACAAUCAUAAUGGCUGAGGAAUCAUUUUAUGGAGUAACUCUUUCCGGACAAGACAGCACAGUCGAAUGGGAUGUCAUCUCGAAUGACGAAGACUUCCCCAGAGGACAGAAGCUGAUUAUCAAACAAAUUUUGCUUGGCGCCGAGGCGAAAGAGGAUGAAUACAAUGUUGUUGAGGUUUUCACAGUCAAAGAUUCCCUGAGAAUUCCAAUUGCCGUAUUGAAAGCCGGUGAAACACGUGCCCUCAAUCCCGAUGUUGAAUUCUAUGACACUUCAGUCACAUUCAAACUAAUCAAGGGCAACGGACCAGUGUACAUUCUUGGCCAGAACCUCAAGGAUGAUGUUGAAGUUGUUGACAUGGAAGACGAAGAUACCGACGAAGAAGAUGAUGGUGAGGAGGAGGAAGAUGAGGCCCACCCACCAAAGAAGAAGCAAAAGGUUGAAAACAACAGUGAUGCCAAAAAUACUAAAAACAACAAGAAGAAAUAAAUAACCCAAGCAAAUGGGUUUUAUUUUUUCUAGUUUCCCCAAUCCAACACCUCUAAACAAAAAAAAACAACAACUUUCCCUUUUGCAGUUUAAAUUAGGUUAAAAUUUUAAUUUUUAAACAUAAACUAUAAAAAAAAUAAACAAAAAAAAAAGAAAAUAAUGUAAACAGACCAACAAAAAAAAAGUCAUCUAUAUCAGCUGCAAUUGAUAUAUCUUUGUUUUCAGUUAAAAAAAAACUCUGCAGCUCUUCCUUUUGUCGGGAGACUCGUUUUUAGUAAAGACACACUUCGAGUGUCUAAUUCCAAGACAACAACAAGCAACAUCUUGUUUUAUAAUUUAAGUGACAAUUAUAAAGAAACUAAUAAAAAACAAAAAAAAAAAACUUUUUUUUUGCUCGGAUAGAAAUAAUCAAAUUGAACUUUGAAAAAUAAGAAAACGUUCUUCUUCCAAAAAUAAAUUCAAAGAAAUGGCUUUUAACUUUUUAGCAAUAUAUGUAUUUCCACCUCUUUUGCCUAGCACAAUCUAAAAAUCGGGAAUAUAUUGCAAUUUGUUAAAAUGUUAUCUUCAAAAGUUCUAUUAAAAAUUAAUUUAAAAAAAGAACUUAUCUAAGAUUGUACAGUGAAGAAAUUGUAAUUCAUAUCUACAAUACAUACUUUUGAUUGCAUUACAAAAAAAAUAAAACAUUUAUUGUAAAAGUGUGACGAACAACAUCUCAGACACACAGGAAGAACACACUCAAAAACCUUGAACUAAAAUACAUUUUGAAUUUCUUUUGAAUCCAAUUGUAUAUACAAAAAAUUAAAUUAAAAAAAAAAAAAAAC